AUGGUUACAUCCGAUCAUUUUAAUUUAACGUUGCAACACCUGAUUUAUAACAAAGUGAUAACGUCGUUUAGUUCGACAACCGCAACAACAACCACAACUUCAUCAUCAUUAUCAUCAUCAUCAACAACCACUCUAUCGUCGUUUUUAUCAUCGAUCAAAUCGAAAACUUCAUCCGCCGUAAUAACAUUAAGACCCCCGGUUAAAUUUCCAGUUUUACCACAUUAUCAUCACGGUCCUAGAUGGGGUCCAUAUUUCGAAGAAGAAACGGAUAAGCAAAAUGUUACCGUGAGAGUUGGUACCACUGUACAACUAGAUUGUAAAAUAGGAAUGCUACAAGAUAAAAUGUUUUAA